CUUAGACAUGGCCAUGUUUCGGUGCCAUGCUGGCAGUGGCUGUGGGAAUCCUGGCGCUGGAUCUGGUGUUGGGUCGAAAGUUGCAGGGCGACGUGAUACUUGGAUCUGGGCAAGCCACUGUGAUCAGCAAGUUUUGCUUCGAUUUCAGCCCACAGUGCGUGGAUCACCAUGCGUGUGUCAAUCCACCGGGAAGCAUUGACCUCCAGGUGCAUUCGGCUCAUCUAAGCCAGACAUCCUCCAUGCGUGUGGCGGAGGACACCGUAGUGGACACCUUUGGGGAACACUUCAAGAACCAGCAGAACCAGGCCCUCAUCGAUGUGAACCCCACCACCUUCGAGACGCUGGAGCUGCCGCAUGAGCAACAGGAGACAACGUGUCGUUCUCAGAGGUCUCCUGCAAAACCAUCUCUUUGUGGAACUGCAGUGACCUGCAGCAGGCGCAACUGCCCCAAGCAGACCAACACCAAAGGGAAUGACUUUGAAGACUACUCCCUGAAGCAAGAGCUGCUGACGGGGAUCUUUGAGAUGGGCUAUAAGAAGCCAUCCCCUAUUCAGGAAGAGAGCUUGCCGGUGGCUCUGGCCGGCAAGUCAAUCUUGGCCAGAGCAAAGAACGGUACAGGAAAGACGGGAGCAUUUGUGAUCCCGAUCCUUGAGAAGUGCAACACAACCAAGAAUGCAAUCCAGGGUCUCAUCCUCGUCCCUACGAGAGAGUUGGCCUUGCAGACGUCGUCAGUGGUGAAAGAAAUUGGAAAACACAUGAAUGUCCAAUGCAUGGUCUCAACAGGCGGCACAAGCCUUCGAGAGGACAUUAUGCGUUUGUACAAUGAGGUCCAUGUAGUGGUGGCUACCCCAGGUCGUGUUCUCGACCUUGCCAACAAGAAUGUGUGCAACUUGAAGGAGUGCCACAUGGUUGCCAUGGAUGAGGCUGACAAGCUUCUCUGCCCCAAGCUCCAGCCUUUGAUUGAGGACCUCAUCAAGUUCUUGCCUCAAGAGAGGCAAAUCCUGAUGUACUCGGCCACGUUCCCGAUGACCAUCUUGGACUUCAAGAACCGAUUUAUGGCCAAGGCGCAUGAGAUCAAUUUGAUGGAUGCACCUACAGCUGAGGGUGUGGUGCACUGUUGCGCAUUUGUUGAAGAGAGGCAGAAGGUUCACUGCCUCAACACCUUAUUUGCCAAGUUGCAGAUUAAUCAGGCAAUCAUUUUCUGCAACUCCGUGACGCGCGUGGAGUUGCUUGCCAAGAAAAUUACAGAGCUUGGCUUCUCAUGCUUCUUCAUCCAUUCGCGCAUGUACCAGUCUCACCGGAAUCGUGUUUUCCAUGACUUCCGGAACGGAGGUUGCAAGUGUUUGGUCUCUUCAGACCUUUUUACCAGAGGGAUUGACAUCCAGAGCGUGAACGUGGUGAUCAAUUUCGAUUUCCCCAAGAACUCCGAGACCUACCUGCACCGCAUUGGCCGAACUGGCCGCUUCGCUGACCCAGGCCUGGGCAUCAGCUUUGCGACGGAAGAUGACCGCAACAGUCUGGACAGCAUAGGCAGGAUGAAAUCCCAAGACCUGAGUUUCGGUUCGGUGUUGCCUGUCUUGGGGUUGGAGGACAAAAUCUUGCACGAGCUGGGACAAGUGAAGCC